AUGGCCUGCCGGCCGCUCCAAGGCUGCGGGGUCAGCGCCCUCCCUGCGCUGCUGCUGCUGCUGCUCGGGCCGCCGGCGACUCCGGACCUCACAUGCCCUACUCCCACUUCCGUUGAACAUGCAGACAUCAGGGUCAAGAGUUACAGCCUGAACUCCAGGGAAAGGUAUUUUUGUAACUCAGGCUUCAAGCGAAAAGCUGGCACAUCCAGCCUGACUGAGUGUGUGUUUAACAAGACAAUGAAUACUGCCCUCUGGACAAUUCCUAAUCUCAAGUGCAUCAGAAACCCCUCCUUGAGUCAUCAAAAGUCACCCUCCACCGUAGCACCAGCAAGGGUGACCCCAGAGCCAGAGAGCCCUUCCCCUUCUGGAACAGAGCCAGCUUUCACUUCCAAGUCAGACUCCACAGUGGCCACAAAGCCAGCUACCAUAUCCGGCUCUCAGCUGACACCAUCCACAGCUCCUUCUGCAGGAUGCACAGAAGUAGUCAGUAACAAACACUCCCAAGCCGCACCUCAAACAACAACAAAGGCUAUGGAACACACUACCUCCACUUUGCCCGAGACGCCAGGUACACAUGCACACAGUGCCACCAUCACCACCGUGACCAUCUCCAUACCUGUCAUCAUCCUUAGUGGCGCAGUCAUAUCUUUCCUGGCAUACUGCAAGAGCCAAAGGUAAGUAGCGCAGGAGAGCCACACUGGGCAAGAUCCCCGCAAUCCUGUGAGAAAGAAGCUGCAUCAUGACUGCAGGCGAUCAACUGGUAACAGGAGGUCAGUUUACCAAAAGCCAAUUCAGAAA